UUUUUUUAGGUAAAAUAAAAAACCCCACAAACAACGGCCGCAACCGAAAUAAACCCGAAAUGUAGAGCUCGAAAGUGUAAAAUUCAAAAACAAAAAGUUGUAUUUGAAAGAAAAGAGCUGUUUUCUCAACAAUAGAACUCAGAGAGAGCAAUUUAUCGUGGUCAAAACCCAGAGAGGAGACCACCUUAUUACGAAGCGCAGGGCUAAGCCAAGGUACUAACUGUGCUAGGGAUUUAAGGAACUGGGUCUGGGUGGUACCAUGAACUCUGUAUUCCGGUACAUCUCACAAAGGCCAUGCCCUACAAAACGACUUGUCGUCUUGCACUCAUACUUCGCCACCAAAGCCAAGGCCAAACCCAAAACCACUUAUUCAAACCCUUCUACUACUGCCGCCACCCCCUCCAUUCCUCCCAACCUUUCUCAUUCGCCUUCUUGGAAUACCAUCUCGCCCUCCGGAGAACUAAAACAGGAAAAAACUUCUCCACCGGCGCCGGAGAGGCCGAGCGAGGUUCCGUUCCAGGUCAAGGUUUCCAACUCGGUGCACCUGAUCGGUUACGUGCACGCACCGGUUCAGUUCGAAACUUCUUCCAAUGGUUCCUUUUGGGCCGCCACGGUUAUCACUCAGAACCCCACUUCUUCUUCUUCUUCUUCUUCUUCCGAAAACGAGUCUUCUGAUGAUCUUCCUUUAUGGGUCCCAACAGUAUUUGAGGGUGACCUGGCUCACAUUGCUGCUUUCCAUUUGAAAGUAAAUGAUCGGGUCUAUAUAGCUGGAAAACUCAGUGCAAGUCUGCCUCACUUGAGUUAUAACCAGUUUCAAGCCAGUGUUCAGGUUAUCGUGCAUGAUCUCAACUUUGUUGAGGAAACUGUUCAAACGAAGAAAAGCUCCAUGAUUUGUGUACCAGAGAAAGGGACCUCGUUCAUCGAAGAAAUAGAAAAAGGGACCUUAAAUGAUUAUGAUAAUGUGAAAAAAAAAUUGGACUCAUUUCUUGGCCCCUGGUCAGACCUUAUUGAUAAUCCAAAAGAGUGGUGGGACUGUCGUGAUAAAAAGCUCAAUGGAUUGGUGAGUCGAAAAUAUCCUGAUUUCAAACGGAAGGAUGAUAAAAAAGCACUCUGGCUUGACAGAGCACCAAAAGAGGUUUUAAAGAAAAUCUCAGCACUGGAGUUUGACGUUUCAUCUCAAAAUUCAAAUGAAGUAAAGCAGUUUGGAGAUAGUGUGAAGAAAGAUGUGGAUUCUGCAAUAAAUUCAUGGAAUAACCUUGUUGAUAAUCCAAAACAAUGGUGGGAUUACCGCAAUUGCAAGCACAAUGGACUGGUGAAUCCAAAAUACCCUGAUUUCAAGCAUAAGGAUGGCAGCCAAUCACUUUGGCUUAGUAGUGCUCCACUAUGGCUUUCAUCAAAGCUUAAAAGUCUAGAGUUUGAUGUUCCAAUUCCAAAAUCAAAAGAAGUAAAUGGGAAUAAAGGUGAUGAGAUGUGGAAGGACUUGUUGGAAAACCCCAAUAAGUGGUGGGAUAAUAGAGUGGACAAGAAAAGCGAAAGAGCUCCAGACUUCAAGCACAAAGAAACUGGUGAAGGCCUAUGGCUCAGCUCUUCCCCAAUUUGGGUGCAAUCUAAGUUGCAGCCUCCUCAAACUAAAAGCACGCCAGAUGUGGGCCAUGUAGCAAAUGGGACAAGGGGUACAUUUGCAAAUGCAUAUCUGGAGUCUUAAAGAGUUUACAAGUUUUGUCAAGUCCAGCAUUGCGGUACACAGUGAUGUGGUAUAUUUUUAAAUCACUCAUCUUUUUCUUCGUCUCUUUUUAAAGUGAGAUUACAUUAUUUAUAUGGGUGGUUAAAAAUAAGACUACAUAGUGUAAAUUUUUAGUGUAAGUUGUCUCUAGCUUGACUCCUGGAUAUUGGUUACUUUUAGCAUGCGUUGGAGAUGGUUUUUCAUUGUAUCUUUUGGCCGUCUUGCAGCGCAGUCAAUUAUAUUUAGCAAAUAUUGUUUCGAGCAAUUAAUUUAUAGCCUUUCUUAAUUUA